AUGUCUGGUGUGGUGGACACGGAAGCAUUGGAAAGGAUAGAUACUCUUGAGAACAAUCUUAGAUGGAAUCUAGAGACAUUUAAGCCGGCGUACGAGUUUCUUCAGUUGAACCAGAAGCUAAUAUCUCGUGAAGAUGUAGUCAAUGCUGGUGAGAUGCAAAUAAUUAAACGCAACUUUAUUAUUGAUACGUUCAAACUUGGCAAGGUCCACAAGGAAUACAAAGAUUGGGAACAAGAAACAAGGACUGAGUUUGCAGCCAACGACAUUUUCAAAUAUAAUAAAGUUAUUGCACAAAUUGCCAGGAUUAAUCAAAAGUUGGAUAUAACCAGCAAAAACUAUGAAAACCUAUCCUCGGGGAUAAAGAUUCCAGACUUUGCUGUUGGUAUGGAGUCAUUGAGGAAAUUGGGAAAUCAGCAGUUAAUCGAUAUUGCCACAAAGUAUCAAGAAGAUAACUUGAAGUUGACUCAAUUAUUUUCACUCGAUCCCAAUGAGUCGAAUUUAAUCUUCCCAGAGUUUGAGAUAAUGAGGAAACUAAUCAACAUUGAGUUUGGUCUACGAAUUGAAAAGAGAGUUCAGCUUGAAAUAUUAGUCUCAUUGAGGGAACACAUCAAGUCGCUGAAUCGGGUCUGGAAAGAGCGAGAUAGUUUGUUGAAGAAUUUCCUAGAAAACGAGUUUCCAGAGGUUGUAAAAGGUGUAGUGAAAGUAAACGCUGAGGUGAGUAGUAAGAUCCGCGAACCCCACGAUGAGGAGGAGAAAGAAGAAGAAGAAGAGGAGGAAGAAGAAGAGGAAGUGGAAGAGGAGGAAGAGGAAGAGUGUGGAAAAGAGGAAGAAGUUGAGCAGAAGGAAGAGAAUGAGGAUGAAACGGAGCAUGGGAAUAUAGAUAGAGAUGAGGAUGAUGCACAAUUUCGGAAUGAUGGUAGCGAUACUGAUGCACUGAAGGAAAGUUUUGAUAGAGAGGAUCUGAUGGGAUUGAAUCAGGACAAAGCAUUAGAUGAGACAGAUAACCAAUCUCAACAACAAUCACCUAUUAGUAGUCCCGCAAGGGUGGAAAGUCAAAAUCCGCCUUCUAAUGCGACAACGCCGUCACCUGAUAAUGUUGAUGUUGAUGUUGAUGUUGAUAAUGAUGAUGAUGAUGACGCCAUGCUAAUAGAUAAUUGA